AACAGUCCAGUGCCUUUACUGCUAUCCGGAAGUGAUGUCAUGCUUUGCCCCCCUCCCUUCUUGUGCCUGAGUAAUGCUGACUGCACUGGGUAUUGCAGUGAUCGCAGGCUAUGGGCAUCUCUACUUGGUAUGUACUAACUCCGUAUCCAAUACUCUCAGCUCGUCCGAUGUGACUGUCUGUAUGAUCAGUGGGUGAAUUAUUACCAGGCGAUUUAUUAACCCCUUAAGGACACAUGACAUGAGUGACAUGUCGUGAUUCCCUUUUAUUCCAGAAGUUUGGUCCUUAAUGGGUUAAAGGGACACUCCAGACCCCCUAAAACACCUCAGCUUGCUGAAGUGUUUUAAGUGUGAAGAUUGUGUCAUAUUUUUUGGGGGGUUUUUUAAAAUAGAAACUUGGUACUUUUUAUACAUAAAUCUUGGUAACCCCACUUGGCUGUCAAGCAGAUAAACAAGACAGUUACUGUCUGUCCUGUUACUUCGUGGUAGUUAGCUCAAUGAAGCUAAACAGUCCCUUUAAAGGCACGUUUUUUUAGAAGCUAUAAUUUACAGAAUUAUUUACUCAUCUCUGAAUUGUAGCUACAUAAAAAUGAAUUGCAAAAUCUGUCUAAAAUGGCUCAUGAGGAAAAAUUAUCCAGCUUAAAGGACCACUUCAGCUUAAUGAAGUGGUCUGGGUGCCAGGUCCAGCUAGGGUUAACCCAUUUUUUUUUAUAAACAUAGCAGUUUCAGAGAAACUGCUAUGUUUACAAAUGGGUUAAUCCUUCCUCCAAAGCCUCUAGUGGCUGUCUCAUUGACAGCCGCUAGAGGUGCUUGCGUGCUUCUCACUGUGAAAAUCACAGUGAGAGCACGCAAGCGUCCAUAGGAAAGCAUUGUAAAUGCUUUCCUUUGAGACCAUCUGAAUGCGCUUGCAGCUCUUGCCGCACGUGCGCAUUCAGCCGAAUGGGAGGAGAGGAGGAGGAGAGUUCCCCGCCCGGCGCUGGAAAAAGGUAAGUUUUAACUCCUUUCCUCUGGCACUAUAGUGGUCCUUUAACUGUACUGAUACUUUGGCCAGAAAAACCCAGCAGGUGAGAAGGGGGGGGGUCACUAUUUAGUAGAUAUAACCACAAUUAAAACAUAUAUGCAUUUAUGUAUGUUGUCAUUGGGGAUAAGUCUUAAAAGAAGCUUGCAAAAUGUACAGAUUUUAAGUCUGCACCAUUUGCGAGCCCUCCCUUUUUUCCCACCACAGACUUUUAUUUAUUGCUUGGGAAAUAACCAAUCAGAGACUUCUCAUUGGACCAGGUAAAAUGGAGCCCUGUUGGUGCAGGCUCACAGGCUCUGAGUGACUUGUGGGAGAAUGCAUGCGUACUUCUGUUAUCUCACCAGAUCUAACAAAAGAAGAAUAGAAUUCCAAAAGUGCCACAUUUCGCAUUGAAAUAGGCACUUUUACAAAGUGCCUUUAAAGGGACACUAUAGUCACCCAGACCACUUCAUCUCAAUGAAGUAGUGUGAAUUUAAUAUCUCCCACGUUUUAACCUUGCAAGUGAAACAUUGCCAUUCUGCAAAUCGGCAAUGUUUUCAUUUCAUGUUUUAAAUGCCUCUUGUGGCUGUCACUCAGACAGCCACUAGAGGACCUCUCCCAAAAUAGCAGAGUAAAACUUGUCUAUUUUAAUCAGAUGGUCUCAUGCAUACUAGCCUUCCAAUGUUUUCCUACUAGAAAGCAUUGGAUUGGCUGAGAUGGAGCACUGCGAGGGAGCAAAGGUAAGUCCAUUUUUUUAUUCCCUACAGGUAGGGGCUUAAAACUUAAACAUUAUUAUUUAACUCAUUUAUUUUUUGUUGGAACUAUUCAUUGUUGUAUUGUGUUAACUAGGGGAAUAGGCAUCUAAGAAAAUCCUGGAUGCACCAGAAUUCUCAGCAACCCAAAUGUUAAAUUUAAUCAUUUAUUGUGACAUUCAGUUCUAAAUUCUGUUUGAAGUGCCAGUCAGGCUUAAAGCUCUCCCAGACAUACAAGCCACAUCCAGCUUUCUCCUGGAAGGGAAGCCGGAUGUCUUCACUGAGCUAAGCAGGUCCCAUACAAGCCAACUCUCAUUGGCAAGCAAGAGCAGCACUGCUCAACCCUGCUUAGCUGCGUAGCUAAGCUAUUUAUUUUUUCAAAUGAAAAACAAGGGAUAAAAAAGUAUAAUUGUGUAUAUUAAUGGUUUUAAAAGGUAAACUAAUGAUAUCCGUAAAACCAUAAUAUAUUUAUAUUAGUAAGAAUAAAGGGUUACUCCGAGCAUCAUGACCACUUCAAUGAUUUGAAGUGACCAUUAGUGAUGUCCCGAACGGUUCGGCGCAGACUCAUCAUUGAGUAAACUUUGACCCUGUACCUCACAGUUAGCAGACACAUUCCAGCCAAUCAGCAGCAGACCCUCCCUCCCAGACUCUCCCACCUCCUGGACAGCAUCCAUUGUGAAGCUGCAUUCUUAGUGAGCUGUCCAGGAGGUGAGAGGGUCUGGGAGGGAGGGUCUGCUGCUGAUUGGCUGGAAUGUGUCUGCUGACUGUGAGGUACAGGGUCAAAGAUUACUCAAUGAUGAGUCCACGGCGAACCGUUUCGGACAUCACUAGUGACCAUAGUACCUGGAGUCUGUAUGUGCAGUGUUUCCCUAUCAGAAGGUGCAUAUACAGAAAAGGUGCUUAUGCAAGAGGUGUAACUCCACCACUGGCAGUAUCAUUGGAGUGUCUUCAGACAGUUCUGAGCUGACUAAUGUAAAUUCUUUGCAACUACGAUUGCACAGAAUUGCAUUAAUUGCCUUAGAGCGGUCAGGUGACGCUUUCAAGGAAAUGGAUGACACAUUCCCUGGCUCCUACAACUCCUUUGAAGCCAUAAGUCUGUCACAGAAGCUUACAAGCCCUGCGGGGACCCACAUAUCGGGGCAAAUAUUUGCUAAUUGGUUUGCCCUAUUGCCAGGAAACCGGGCCAGGGUACUUCUCUCAUCAUAAUCGCUACAGUCUUAAACUAACCAAGUACAUUAUUUGUCAUGCAUCUUAUUGAAAUUUUUAAAAAGUUCACAAUUUUGUAUAUUUUUAUACAGCAAAGUUUUCUCAAAAUGAUAUAUGAUUUGUGGAAUUGUGUUUUCACCAAUAUAAAAACAUACUACGAUAUACCUGCAAAAGUUCAACAAGCCAGUUAGUGUUUUUCUUUUUUCCUUCUCUUUUUGGGUUUAGUAAGUGCUCAGCCAAUAAAAUUAGAAAACAUUGGACUUUGUACUCCAGUAAAUGGAACAAUACAUUUUACAGUUCUCAUAAAUGCACAAGGUCAUCUAUUUAUAUCAGAUUCAACAUACCUAUUAUACAACAUUUUUUUUUUAUUAGAGGGACACUAUAGGCACCCAGACCACAUUAUAGAAGUGUAAAACUCAGUCGUUUCAAUCAGACCAUCUGAUUGGCGCAGCUCACAGUUUUGCCAUGCAAAAUCAUUGAAUUGGCUGAGAUCACCGAUUUUGAUGAGCUCAGCUUAGAAGACAGGACGGUAAUGUGGAAACCAGCGUUGGAAGGAAGCAAAGGUAAGUAAACUACCUUUUUUUUCUCCGUACAGGUGUGGGCCAAGGACCUAAACAGCCACUAGGGCAUUACAUCAUUAGGAAUACACAUUUGUAUUAUUAACGCUAUAGUGUUACUUUAAAUAAUAGCUGGGGAAUAUAAUUAAUAUACUUUUUUGCUAGCUGAAUUGCUAGCAAAUGCAAGGAUUUACUUAAAAAGCCAUAUGAAGCUUAUGGAGUAUAUUAACCUACUGUACUCUAAACACCAAAUUAUAGUGACAUGAAAUUGAAAUUCCAAAAUUGUUACCCAGUAACAUUUUAUACGUUUUACCAAUCAGGUUAAUUUCACUAAUAUUCUAUUUUUAAAGGGACACUAUAGGCACCGAUUCCUCUUCAUUUCAUUGAAGUAGUCUGGCUGCAGUGUCCCUGUCUUGUUCAGAGAAACUGCAGUGUUUAGAUUGCAGGAUGUCCAGCAUCUUCAAAAUCCCCUAGGAAAGCAGUGAUUUAAUGGUUUCCUAUGGGGAAGGCCUAAUGAACGCACGGCGCUUCCUGCAUAUGUGCAUUAGGUUCCUCCAUCGCCAUGACGUAGGGGGAGAGACGAAGCCAGGAUAGAGGUGAGUGAAACAAGGGGUUUUAAUCCUUUAUUUACCAGGUGGCGGACCUUUAGUUAUUGGCAGGGGGCAAUAUAGCCUUAGGAAUACAAUUAUUCCUAAGGCUAUAUUGCCCCCUGCCAAUAACUAAAGGUCCGCCCCCUGGUAAACAAAGGAUUAAAACCCCUUGUUUCACUAUAUAAAGCUAAAGCAGUUAAAGCCCUUUAUAGUCCCUCAAGUCACAGGCUAGGGCAGGGAUAGGAAACCUUCGGCACUCCAGAUGUUGUGGACUACAUCCCCCAUAAUACUCUUCUAUGAUGCUGGCAAAGCAUCAUGGGAUGUGUAGUCCAAAACAUCUGGAGUGCCAAAGGUUGCCUAUGCCUGGGCUAGGGGACCUGUCUUCACUUACAGGCAGUCCACUCACACACCAGGUUGAGAUGCUCCAAUCAGGACUGGCAGUGAUGUUAUCCUGAAAUCUUCUGCACAACAUAGCUUGACCCUCUCUCUGCAGGCAGUGCAAAAUACAACAGAAAUACUGAAUCUCUCUGGGUAAAUGUCCUCUUGCUAUCUAACUGUCUGCCUGGAUGACCUUUUACUGUAAUGGUGUCUUCCUGUAGUUUAACUAUGUCUACUGUCAGUGCUGUAUGUGCCUGUAAAGCAAUUAUGUACUUUUUGGAACUGAUCUAGCUGCCUUUAGCGGUCCUUCAAUUAAGUCAUGGAAUAGUUUUGAGAAAUUCCACAAGUCAGAUGUUAUUCCCAAGAAAACAAUUUUCUACCAACUAGUGUAGACUAGAAUUGAAGGUAUGGAUAAUAAGUGGCAAACACUCCUUGAUAAGAUAUUGACAGAAACUGCAGUAACAACAUAAAGAAGUUAAAGGGAACCUCUGUGCACCAUAACAGAUUCAUCAGAAUAAAGUUGUUGUGGUGCCAGCAGGUCUCUUUCGCCAGCUUACCUGUAGGGGUUAAAUGGUUACAUAGGCUGAAAAGAGACAUGCUUCCAUCAAGUUCAACCUUUCUCGCAUUAGUUUUAACUGCUGAUCAAGACAUUAGCAAACACUUUAACCCCAAAGUAUUGAAUUUGGUGCCAGUUAGCUCUUCCCUUCUCCUUCUGCUAUUGUCUGAGGCUUGAAUCAGGAAGCCUCAGAAAGGGCACUUCUGAUUUGCUGAGAGAAUCAGCUGGCACUCUAAGCCAAUCAGUAGUUUCUCAUUCAUAAAACAGCUUGAGAAACUUGUGUAUUUUUGUUCAAGCUUUUUUGUGGAUGGGUUGCUAUUUAUUGGCUUAGAGCUUUAGCAGAUGCUCCCAGCUAAUCAGCAGUUCCCCAGUCUGAGGCUGUCCAUAGGUUCCUGAUUAAAUCCUCAGGACAAAAGCAAAAGGAGAGUGGAACACCUAACAGGCACUCAUUUCAACACUUUGGGGAUAAACCAUUCCCUAACGUCUUAACUCUUAAAGGUAAGUAGGUGCCAUUGUCCAUUUUUCACAACAAUGUCAUUCCACUGAUGUUGUUACGGUGCCCAGAGGUUCCCUUUAACAUAAUCAGCCUAUUACAAGAUGUGACUUUUUAAGAGUGGGCUCCCCUGUUUUUCAGAUUUAGAAGACCCCAAAGUUGUUUGGAUAUGGGGAGGUGCCUGAGUUCUAUUAAGUUUCAGACUUAAGGGACAACUGUGACCUGAAAACUAUUUUUGAUAAAAUAAUUUUUUCAUCAAAUUUUGAAAGAAAAUAUGUAUAAAUACAUUUUUAAUAAAAAAAUAAACUUAGUAGAAUUUAAGAUAACAAAGAGAUAUUCCAUGCUUCUAAUAAAAUGUAUAAAUAUUUUAGUUCAUUUUCUGGAGAUAACUAUCAUAGUUUGUACUACAUAUAAACAUACGGAUGAAGCAAUGGCUAAAAGAAAGGUAUGAGAAAAAUAGAUUUUUGCACGGGAAUAAACUCUAUAUAUAAACAGGUGAGAGGUUAAGUAUGUAUGAUAUGUAAUGUUUAGCACAUGUCUAUGUGCUUUUGAUUCAAUCUAUUCAUUAUUAAGUGUUUAUGUAGAAAGAAAAAUAUGUGAAUGUAAGUGACAUUUUAGAGUGGCUGGUUGGCUUGAAGUAAAAGAUUAGAUUAGGUUACAAAGGUUUGACAAAUUCUUAACCAAACCAGUGCUGCGCUUUCGCUUUAAGUGAUCAAUACAAAAUAAUACUUAGAACAUUUUUCAAUUUCACUUCAAUAUGUUUUAUAAUCCAAUAUAAAAUACACAUACAGUCAUGGGAAAAAGAAAGUGCAUUGCUCUUUAAAUUCUGUGGUUUUACAUAACAGGACAUAAUAACAGUCAAGUCUUAAAAUUAGGUAAAUACAAUGUGUGUGUCAUGAUUUAUUUAACAAAAAUAAAGCCAAAAUGAAGAAACCAUACUCAUGGGAAAGGAGUGUGAUUUGUUGAGAUCAUCAAUUCUAAUGAUGUCAGCCAAGGAGACGGAUCAGGGAUGGAGCCAGCGUCUUUGGACUCACCCAGAGCUGGAAAUAGGGCCAGUUUUUACUACAUUUAAGGGGGGCGGGGAGACUAAAUACUGUUUUAACACUAUAGGGUCAGGAAGGCAGGGGGGCAUUUUUAUUUUAAUUUUAAUAUUAUUAUUUUAAUAUUAUAUUAUUAUUAUAUUAUUUUAUUAAUAUUUUAAUAUUUGUAUUUUAUUUUUUUAUUAUUCUAUUAUUAUUUUAAUAUUUGUAUUUUUUUUUUAUAGUUUUUUGUCCCCCCUCCCUGCUUGUUGCCUGGCCAGGGAGGGGGGCUAUGUGAAUCCCUGGUGGUCCAGUGGCAUUGGUUGUUCAGUGGGGGGGCUGACAGUGAGCUCUUACUUACCUUCCUGCAGCUCCUGUCAGCUCCCUUCUCCUCCGUGCAGCUCCCCUGUCAGCUCCGUUCUGCUCACAGUGUAAGUCUCGCGAGACCCGGUCAGGAAUGCAUGUUUGUGUUCCUUUAACAUAAUUAAAAAGUUUUUAUAUCCUGCUCUGUAAAUUGAACUUUAAUAACACACAGAAGGCACACAGUGUAAGACCGGGUCUCGCGAGACUUACACUGUAAGCAGAACGGAGCUGACAGGGGAGCUGCACAGAGGAGAAAGGAGCUGACAGGAGCUGCAGGAAGGUAAGUAAGAGCUCGCUGUCAGCCCCCAACAGGACUGCCGGGCUUGUAAUGAGCCCGGCGGUUCUGGUCUGUAUUGUGGCAAUGUAAAUUGCUAUAAUACAGACCUUGACUCGAGUAUAAGCCGAGUGGGGGUUUUUCAGCACAAAAAAUGUGCUGAAAAACUCGGCUUAUACUCGUGUAUAUACGGUAUCAUUUUGUUCAUGAGAAACAGUACUUUUAUUUCACAUCAAUUAUUCACAUAUGUAACAAUUUAUUAUGAAUAAAAUCUUUUAAAAAGUGUGAGAAAUGUAAAAAGAAAAAUUCUCUUUUUUUUUGUUUGUUUUGCGUGGCAUUUUAACUGUGAAUGUUGUAAUACUGUUAGCUUUUACGGCAAUAAAAUACACAUAUAUCUAUAAUUCUAUUGAUAUUAGACUUUUUUUAUGAAUUAAACAAGCAAUAUAAACUCUGAAUAAAAAAGCAGUGCUUUAGAAGUAAAAUACAUGAAAACCAUUAAGCUCACAUAGGUUGGUAUGCAGUCAGAAUACCAAGUAGUGAGCGUAUUACUGAAUGUAUCCCUAUACACAAAGGUUGGCUCUGCACACAUGCAAGCAGUGCACUGUCCAAAAGGUAAAUAAAAAAAUAAAAAAAUUAUAUUCUACACAGCACUGAUUAUAUCACAUUAAAAAGCCUUUUUUAUUGGAGGCUCACAUGCUGUGAAUUGGGAAUCUGCAGGCAUGUAACACUCACUGUACACAGCACAGGACUCUUUGUAGACGAUCAUGGACACAGCACUGUGUAUAUACAGCAUGUGAGUCUUUGUACUGGAUUAUCAUGGGCACAGCAGUGAGUAUACAGCAAUACUAUAAUAACCCUUAGAACACAGCACUGGGUAUAUUUCCACUGCCCCGGAUGCCCACGCUAGUUACCUUGGCUCUUUUUCUCCUGCUGGUUCUCCGGCCUUCGGGGGUCUCUGAUUGCCCGACCAUAAUGUUUGACCCUGAGGAUGGCCAGUGCUCGGUAUUUAUGUAUAUAUAUAUAUAUAUAUAUAUAUAUAUAUACACAAUAUGUAACUUUAUGCUAGUGUGUUUAAUACUAAUAUAUGUAAUUAUAUUAACAUUAAAAUACACUAAGUAUGAAGUUACAUAUAUAUGAUAUAUUUACAUGCUGUCCUGAGGAAAGUCCCACGCUGGGACUGAAACGUCAACCUGUUUUGGCAUCACUGUAUGCACUUUAACAUGUGCACAUUUUAACCACGAAGGAAUAAAUGCUAUGUUUCAAACAGAGACCGUGAGUGCAGACUAUUACAUUGUGUUACUUUAUUAGGGAUCGACCGAUUAUCAGUCUGGCCGAUAUUCACUAUUUUCAGCAAUAUCGGUAUUGGCCAAUAAAUAUACCGAUAUGGCCGAUAAUGCCGACCGGGGCCGCCAUCAGGGUUCUGGGGGGCCCAGCACACUCUUACUUGCCUUUCCUUCAGCUCCCCUGUCUAACCCUCGCGAGUCGUGGGGUUGUCAGAGCUAACCCGUGGUAACGCUCGCGCGGCACGCAGGCCGCAAGUUAGACAGGGGAGCUGCAGGACCGUCGUGGGCCCCCCAGGGAAUGCCAUAUCCCCCCUGCCUGGCCAGGUAAGACGCAGGGAGGGGGAACUAAAACUAAAUGUAAAAAAUAUAUAUAUGUAUUUUUUUUUUUUUAAGUUAUAAAAAUUAAAAUGUCUCCCCAUUUUACACACAUACCUACACACUGCAUUCACUAUACACACACUACACAAACACACACACUCUGCAUUCACUAUAUACACAUUACACACAUACACACUGCAUUCACUAUGAACACGCUACACAAACACACUGCAUUCACUAUACACACACACUCUGCAUUCAUUAUAUACACACUGCAUUCACUAUAUAAACAUUACACAAACACACACACACACUGCAUCCACUAUACACACAUUAUACAAACACACACACUGCAUCCACUAUACACACACUCUGCAUUCAUUAUAUACACACUACACAAACACACACUGCAUUCACUAUAUAAACACUACACAAACACACACACACUGCAUUCACUAAUCAAAUACUGUAUAUUUUGUGCAUUUACCUUGAAAAAAAAAUAAUAAUAAAUGUGACGAGACCAAUCUCGCCACAUUGCAUUGGAGAAGCCUGGUUGCUCGCCUGCUGCCUUUGGACUAUGGCCCCCUUUUAAAAGACUUUAUUUUUGCAUGCAGAAAAGCUGUAUUCGUGCUUUUCUGCCGGUUGUUCGGUAGUUUCAAUCUACCGAACAACCGUACGAAUGACUGGACCACCUGGGAGCUGGAGUGUGCCGGCAAUUAACCUCCCUGAAGCUGCGGUUAACCGCAGCUUAAUUGAUGAACGCUGGGUGGCCGCCGUUCGUAUCCCGAACACGAGGUCGCGGCCAUUUUAAACCAUACGAAUGAACAGCGGUGUUCGCCUCUAUUUUUAUGGAACUAAAAUCGGACACAGUUUUGCGCGAACACCGCUGAAGCCGCCGACCUCCCUUCUUGUUCGGUGAAAGCACACGAAUGACCCGGUGUUCGGUAUUUUUGUGUGAAUAUCUUAUACCCCAGAUAGGAAUCCCAUGGAGCCCAUUCGUAUGAAACUGACUGUAAAGACUUUGGCUCCAUGGCGAUUGAACUGUAUUCGUGUAGUCUGAGUGCCAUUCACCUAAUAAUGUGCACUCAGACCUGAGCUAUCUGGGGAUAUGUUACAUGUCUGUGGUUUAUGUAGUAAAUGUUACUUUGUGCAUUUUAAAGUGUUAUGCUGGUUUUGUGUUCCCACGUGUGUAAUGGAGUUUUGCCUUUGUCUUGGGAGAUAAUUGAGUUACUUCCCAAUUAUCUCCCAGGGCAGAGGGGAGGAAGCCAGGAUGCAUUGUGGGAAUAUACUGUGACUGUGUGUCCCUUUUGUAUACUUGUCUGUCCCUUGUCACAGUCUCCCAUUUGGUCCCCUAGGGGAGUGUCCACCAGGUGGGAGACCUGCAUAAAAGCUGGGCAGGUAGCCCUCAUUAAACAGACCACUGCUUGACCCUCAACACGGAGCCUUGUCUCGUCUUUGGGGGGAUUUACUGUAUGCUGCUAAGGACUGAUUGCCAGGAGUGUAAGCCGCUUGGGAGCUUUUCCUGUUCGCCUGGUAGCAGCAAUUCGUAUGGUUCCUGUUCGUGUAUUUGGAGUGCUACCUUAUUCCCUUGUAUGCCGUUCGGGAGUUUGGAGCAUUCACUUGUAUGCAGUUCGAGAGUUUGGAACAUUCACUUGUAUGCAGUUCGAGUGUUUGGACCAUUCCCUUGUAUGCAGUUCGAGUGUUUGGAGCAUUCCCUUGUAUGCCGUUCGGGAGUUUGGAGCAUUCACUUGUAUUCAAUUCGUGAGUUUUGGUGAUUCUACAGUAGCUGUGCCUGUCUCUGAAAGGGGAUUAUCGUCUAAGCGUUUUUUUCCCCUUUUGUGCAAAACGGUCCGUUACAAUAAACAUGUUCAGUUAACAGUAGAUUUGUGUAGAAAUAGUUUUGUUUUUCUUUAAUGGUAAAUUUAACUGAAAGAUUAUCAGUAUCAGCUCUAAAAAAUCAAAAUCAGUCGAUCCCUAGAUGAGAUAGAUAAAUAUAUAUACAUAUAAAAAAUUUUUUAAUGUGUAAUCAUAAUUUUUUUUCAACUUUCUUCACCAACAGGGGGAUCGCCUGACAGCCCAGGCAGUCCCCCUGCUGGCAGCUCUAUGGGCAGCUAUUGGGACUCUGUGAGAGCGACCCCAUGGCCCCAAGAGCCUCGUUUGCCGUGGGAGGGCUGCAUGGGCUGUCAGGCAGUCCUCCCAAAGCGGAUUGCAGUGGAGGGGAAUAUCCUGGAGCUGCAGGGAUCUUAAUCCGUUACAGCGUUCGGUGCCGCCGCAACGGCUUUAAAGCCCAUUUAAUGCGGGACAGCGUUAAGGGGUUAACUAAUGCUACUAAACUUUUGUUACUGGGUAGUCUUAUUGUGCUUAACAGUAUGACAUUCAGGUGACAGGUUAACUCUGCUUUGAAUAUUCCGGAUCAAAUGUAUCUUUGUAGCACCACCUCUUACUCCCUUCUCCAUUACAAAUACCAUCUGUUUAGAAUGUAUUAAUUUUGUAUAAUGUAGAGCUGUGCAAAUAUUUUUGAGAAGAACUGACAUUCAAGACGGAAUUAUGUUGCUACAAUUUUGCGUCCUUUCUAUCACAGGUCUUUAUUUAAUUAGCUUUCGAAAUGAUUUAAUACUGUUAGAAUUUUUUUCCCAAAUAAGUUAUCCCAAAAAGUCACCAUUAAAGUCUAUGCAAAUUUGUAUAAAUAAAUCAUUGCUUUUUUAAUAGUAUUGAAUCAUUUGAAAACUUUAUUAAAUUUAAAUACUUUUAUUACUUUUAAAUUUUAUACUUAUGUAAUCAUUUAUGUAAUUAUAUAUAUUGCAAUUCUAAAACAACAUUCUAAGUGUAUUUUGUUACCAAUAUAUAGUGGGACCUCGGUUUACAAAUGUAAUGCGUUCUCCGGGACGUGACUUUUCUUAUUGCGAAACUUUUGUAAACGGAAACACGGUUUCCCAUAGGAAUGCAUUGAAAACCAAUUAAUCCGUUCUGGAGGUCAGAAAAAAGCCAAAGUGAGCUGGCAUGGGAACCAACCCACAAUGCAGAACACACAAUAAAAUGCUCCAAAAAGUCCCAGAACAACUGCAAACAAUUUCCAGAAUGGCUCUAAAACUCGAUGCAAAAGCCGCUCCAACACCUCCACACUCGACUCCACAUGCUUCCCACAGAUUCCAGUAUGCAGGGGGAGGUGCUAUAAACCUUCCAGGUGCAAUGCAUCCUGGGGAAACUUGCUUUGUAUUGCGAAAAAAAUUUGUAAACCGAGGCAUUAUUUUCAAUGGAUUUUUAUUUGUAAACCGAGGUCCCACUGUAUAUAUUAAUAUCUGACAGUUACAGUUAGAAUGAAAUGACAUAUGUAUAUAUAUAAUUUAUUUUUUAAUUUUAUUUAUUUCUCAUUGUAAAUAUACGUAUGUAGAUAUAUAAAAUACAUUUCCUUGAGACAAGUCACAAUUUGGCAGUUCUACGCUUUAUUGGUAUAUACCAUGUACCCAUCUCCCCGAGAGGAGGGGAUAGAGAUUUGGCUUUACUUAAACGUGAAGCAUAUUGGAUCCAUACUUUAGGAGCAUUAUCACCCAAUGGGUUGAAUGAGAAAAAUGCUUUAUAUUGUUUUUUGAAUAGAAGAUAAUUAAGUAACAUAUGAAGUAUUUGUGGGAUAUUAUGACAUUGUGUUCUUAUUAUGAGAAUUUUUGUAACUAAUGUUGCAUUACUUAAAUAUACAUUGUUAAGAGAUUUUGUGGUAUAAAUGGGAUACACUGACUGUCUUUAUACACAUAUUCUGCCGGUAGACAUUAGGAAAGUGUAAGACUCAGUAAUCAAGAUUUGUUGUUUGUUAACAGGAUUAUAGGAUAGGAUAAUAAUAUUGAUUUUGUCUCUAUAUACAUAUUUUGCUAAUAGACAUUUGGAUAUUGCAAGACAGAAAAAUCAGGACUUGUUGCUAGUUAACAGGACUAUUGGAUAUAGUGAAUAUUUUUUAGGUUUACUUAUUAUUAUUAUUAAUAUCAUUAGUUUUUAUUCUGUAAAUAGCUUUCUGUGUAUUUAAUUAGCACUAAGUCACUUUUUCAAACCUUAAUUGAGUUAAGAAUCACCUGGUUAAUAUUCUGUCUAAAUACGUAAAUUAUGACGUCACCUGUCCUUGCUUUCAAUCUUUCACCCUCCAAUAGGAAUUUUGUUGUACCAUAUAUAAUCACGGUUACAUGCUGUCCUGAGGAAAGUCCCACGCUGGGACUGAAACGUCAACCUGUUUUGGCAUCACUGUAGUGACUUAAAACACAGUUUAUUUGAUUGCAUGUCCCUCUUUCUAAUUGUAUUAACAAAGUAAGCAAAUAUCAAAACUCAUCUUCAUAGUUACAUAGUAGUCUAGGUUUAAAAAAGAAUAAAGUCCAUCAAGUUCAACCUUGAAACCAAUUCUUUUGUGCUGUUGAUCCAAAAAAAAGGCAAAACCCCCACAAUUGUAGCUAUUCUCAGUUACACCACAAAGAGGAAAACAAUCCUUCUUGACUCCAUAAUGGCAAUCAGAUUUGGAUAAAGAACCUGUUCACAUACAUAUCCAUUAUAUCCUUAAUAUUCUACUUUUGCAAAACAAGCAUUUGGGCUUUUAUUAUUUUUUUAAUCUGGGUGCAAAAAGUGUCCCUUUAAUGCAGGAGAUGCUGAUUGGCGCAGCGUUUUGCUGCGUGUGUGCAGUAGCCUCAAAAUGCUUUCUUAUGGGAUCUUCAAGCUUGAUUAUUUAAGAGAAAAGGCAGUGUUUACAUUGCUGCCUAGUAACACCUCUAGUGGCAGUCAAUCAGACUACAGAAGUGCUUCCUAUCUCAGUUAUGCACAGUGUGUAGCACCUACAUUCAACGUUUCCACACCCUGCAUGGAGGCAGUGAACAUUCCCCAUAGAGAUUCACUAAUUCACUGCAUUUCUAUGAGGAGAUUCUGAUUGCGUGCGCUAUAGCCUACCAAUGCUUUCUUAUGGGAAAUCAUUGGAUUGGAUGAGAUCUUCAAGGUUGUCUAUCUCAGCCAUGGAGGCGGGGCCAGCUGCGUUGAGACUGGCACUGGUUGAGGAAAAAAGGUGAGUAAAAACACUGUUCCCAUGAGAUCGGAGGUUGAAACAUACACACACACUGACAGACAGAGAUACACACACACUAACUGGGAGACACAUUCUCUCCCACAUUGACAAUUAGUUUUAUUUGUUUUUAUUAAAUUUAAGUCUACCCGCCUCCAUACCUUUUGUGAGAACUGGAGUGGAUCGGCUUUUGCUGGGGUUCAGUGGGGAUCUUGUUCCUGGGGUACAGCGGGGCUGCUGUCCUCUUCAAGCUCUUCUUCCUCUGCUCCCACGCACCGUUUAAUGAUGCCCAGAUUGAAGUGACAUUAUAUUUCGGCUCCUGGCAUCACAGCAGAGCAUGUGUGGGAACAGAAGAAGAUGAUUACAUCUCCCUUGCCGCCUCCAUUCCUUACAACCGACCUGGACAAAAUUCCCAUUUGCCAUGAUGGCCUGGUGCCUGAGAUUUGUCGAGCCCUGGGUUAAGCUAAUAUUAAACAAUUUAACCCAAUGUGUUGAAUCUAGCUCUGCCCCUCUUCUUUUGCUUUUGUCCAAGGCUUGAAUCCGAAAGCCUCUGACUGGCUGAGGGAGUCAGGUGAUGCUCUAAGCCAAUCAGUAAUUUAAUUCUACCUUUAUAAAGCAAAAGGAGACAAGGGGCUUCUGUUUUUAUUUCAGAAUUUGUAAAAGUAUUGCAGGUCUCUGAUAUGAAGGCCUCUUGGAUGGCUAUGGCAUUUUGUUUGCAUGUCUUCUAAUAGUGUUUUCCCAUGAAAAUGAAUAAAUUAAAGAUUUUAGAGUUAAAUUAUUCUAGCGGUUUAAUAGAAAUCUAUUUAUUUGCUAGCGAUAUGGCUAGAACAAUAUAUAGAUGAAAUCAGAAGAGGAAUUCAGCAAUGAUAUAUAUAUUUACCCUUUAACUUCACUUUCACAAUAUAUUUUCAGUUUUGUUUUUUGUUUUAUAUCAGAUGUUGAUUUAUAUGAACAAAUCUGUAUUUUCAGCAAUGUGGCAUAGAAAAGCUUGGAUAGAUAUUUAUUUUAUCAAUUUCUUUUGCAGAGUUGUUAGUCGCCCAUAAAAUCUCGGUAUGGAGAACAACGAGACUGAUACAGAAGUUCGUCCUCUGAAAACCAAUGAUGAAAAAGUCUUGGAAAACAAUGACACUACUGGAGACACAAAUGACUCUAAUAAGAAACCGAGCUGGUUAUCACGUUGCCGCACUGCAGCCUUUUUUGCCUCGCUAUUUCUAUGCUUGACUGCUGUAUUUGCCUUUUCUUUUAUAAUCCCAUGUCCAGUGAGGCCAUAUUCCCAGAGGACAUGGAGUGUGCAAUAUAGCAGAGCAAGUAAGUAAGGGGUUUGUCAGAUGAAAUAUUUUGUUUCCACAGACAUUUUACAGUGCGUUUUCAGAUAGCUAAUAUAAACAGUUACCCUUGGGGUUAACACGUUAAAUUCAGUGAGAAAUUAUAACAGACAAAACUGUUAAAUGUAAUGUUUUUUACCGUAGCAUUACUAAGGGGAUAAUUCACGAAACAGAAUUGUAGUGAAUUAAAAAUAAAAAAUUAUUUUCAAUGCAUUGGCAAAAAUAGCUGAAAAAUUCUCCAAAUCAGUUGUCUCAGAGUGGCUAUUUGAGAUUACAUUUUACAAUUCCAUUUAAUUCACUGCAAUCUGGUGUAUAGUGAAAAAUACUACUUGUUUAAAAUAAACAUGAAUUCAGUGAUCAUUUGAAAGCUGAUUUGCAGUUAAUUUUGAAUGGCUUUCCUCAAGCAUUAAAAAAAAAAAACACUCCUCACUAGUGAUGUCCCGAACGGUUCGCCGCGGACGGCGAACAUAUGCGGUAAACUUUGACCCUGUACCUCACAGUCAGCAGACACAUUCCAGCCAAUCAGCAGCAGACCCUCCCUCCCAGACCCUCCCACUCCUGGACAGCAUCCAUUUUACAUUCAUUGUGAAGCUGCAUUCUUAGUGAGCUGUCCAGGAGGUGGGAGGGUCUGGGAGGGAGGGUCUGCUGCUGAUUGGCUGGAAUGUGUCUGCUGACUAUGAGGUACAGGGUCAAAGUUUACCGCAUAUGUUCGCCUUCCGUGGCGAACCGUUUGGGACAUCACUACUCCUCACCCAAUACAUGUAUGGAGUUAAACUUUUAAAAUCUAGUUUAUAAAAAUGCUGAUUUCUUUGAGAAACUGGUACUUUGUUCAUUAGAAUUAGAAACACCUCCCUGGCUAUCAAUCAGACAGCCAGGGAGAUUUGCUUCCACCUUAUGUUCGCUCCCCUGAGUGGCAAGCACACGCUACAUGAGGGAACCUGCCUUCUCCCCUAUUGCUCUUCCACAGACCUCAGAACAAUGUCCUUCCCUACCACAGGUGCAGCGCUUGCACAUGCUCACAGAGGUUCACAAAGAUUCAAAGGCUUCUCAAUGAGAAGUCUCUGAUUGGUUAUUUCCCCAUGAAGAAACCUAAAGGGUGAGCUUGCAAAGGCUGCAGCCAUAAGAACUACAUCUCUUUAGAAAUACCCACAAUGGUUAAAUUCAUAAAUAAAUGCAUUCUUAUUUUCAUUAGGGAUAUAUCUACUAAAUAGUGAUUUUUAUUUAUCUGUUUUUAAUAUUUUGUUUAAUUCUUUUUACUGUGGAGUGUUCCUUUAAUGAAAUACUCCACAAACCAUAACCACUACAACAUUAUGGUGCCAGGACUUCGUCGUGUUCUCUCAGGGUAACUAAUCAAAUCAUUCUCAAAGCUGGUCACAGCUUUUCUGAGGAGCUGGUAGCUCGUGCAAGUAGUAUCUGUUAGUUCCAUUGAAUAAAGCACUUCCGUGCAUGGACAGCUCAUUGGCUAAGAGCAUCAAGGUAGCUUAGUGCAGAAAGCUUUCAGCUUCCAAAAGUAAAUUGUCGAAUUGUACGCAAAUGGUUUGACUGCUUAACCUGGCAAGGCCCAGUGCACUCCUGGCAUCACUGUAGUGAUUUUGGUGCUUGGGGUGUUCCUCUUAUUAGAUUUAAAGAAUAUGUACUGUCCAAAUACUAAGUGUACUUCACAUAUAUUUACCAUUUAAUAACAUACAACUUUUGGAACAGGCACUUACGCUUUUUUGUCCACUGAAGAUGUGAAUCAGGAUAAUGUUCAAGAUGUGCUUUUCCUAUUUAAAGCAGAUGACACAGAUAACCUCAAUGUGACCUGUGCAGAUGAAGGUAAAAAUAUUUAAAGUGAUUUUGUUAUUUUAGCUUUUGGGGUGUUUAUUUUUCUUCACAGUUGUAUAUUCAGAUUGUGUCACUUACGAUAUCCAUAACUAGCAUGUAUUUUACAAAUUGCUGCAGAACAUAGUUUGAAUUCUGAAUCCUAGUUUAACUUUUAUCUAAAUAAUUACUUGAUUCUUAAUUACUUGAUUAUGUUUUUCUUUGAUGCAUCCUCUCCCCUAUCACAGAAUGCAGGAUUAUUUACUAAAGUGAGAAUUCAAAAUGACUUCAAAGUGAAUUUCAAAUUUAAGGCCAGUGUUUACCAGCUACUACUAUCUAUGACUAUCGCCAAAUCUCUGCAUUCACUGUCCAUACUGGUAGUACAAUUUAUAGAUACCGUCAAUUUCAGAUUUCAGAAACUCUUAUGUGAAUCAGUAAUGUAUGCUGGACGUUUGAAGCAAUGUUUGAGGUUAUACCGCAGUUUUCUGCUUCACGUGACACCGUUUAGGUCGCAUGCAAUUUUGGAUUAUAUGCUCCUGAUAUAUCGCUAUAAAUGGAGGACAUGAAAUGUUAAAUUUAAUAUGAACUGUGUGACACAUAUUUCAUAUCUGUUCUAGGUUUUCGUUCUCCAUGUUCCUUUUUAACUGCUUUAUCUGGGACAAAUGGAAGUACUUUGUGGAUCAAGCCUGUUGCUGAAGAUGUGCGGUUAGCGGAGUGUGGUAUAACUAACCUUGGUGGUAUGGAAUUUUCUGGCUGCAUCAUCAGUGGGAGACCAGAGUCUUUAAUGGCAAUUAAUUCUCACACAGGUAGAUGUGGCUUACUUUCAUGAUUUAAUAUAGGGGUUUAAUCAUUGUUAUGUGGGAAAAGACAUGUAAUUUGUCAUGACAAAACUGGAGCACUCUCUCUGUGAAAUUCUCUAGCUGAAAAGCAGUAACCAGAAACAUUGCGUGGUCAUUAUAACAGUCCGAUGAUUAAAGAUAAUUAUCAGAAGUUAAUCUUGGUUCUGAUAUUCUAUUUUAAAAGUUUUAAUUACAAGUAAGACAACCAAAUGGGACAAAUCUCACAGCCAAUGAUUAACCAACCUUUUUUUCUUUAAUUAUUUUAUUUUACAUGAUGUUCUAGCUGAAAUGUAAAAGUCAAAGUGUUGUAUUAACAUUGAGUUGGAGUGUCCCUUAAACUGCCCAUUAUCAGAAUUUGAUCUUAGAAAAUAUUUGCAUAGAUAGUGGAAAGCCUUUAAAAAACUAAGGAAUGGAGGACAAAGUCCAUAUUAAUGAUUUUGGGAUGAUAUAUUUAUUUUGAGUGGGUGUCUGUAUGGUUUUGCCUAAACAUGCAUUCUUGUCACAUGAUAUCACAUAGGACAUCUAAGGUAACUUUUAUUUUUCAGGAAAUAUUCUGUGGAAAACAUCCACUGGCUUUGCAUCUAAUUCUGUUGUUAGAAAACCUGUACUCAAAAUUCCAGAUGUGAACGGGGAUGACGUACAAGAUCUGAUGAUUUUUGUCUCAGUAGAAGAUGAGGUAGGAAAGAUGACACAAACCUAUGUUACCUGCCAUUUAGCAUUCAUACCAACAUUAUCCACUCACCAUGUUCUUUAUUUGCUGUUAUUACCUAUCCACAUUACAGCAGCAAAAUUGUUAGGGGUGCAGUACAGUUACAGUAACAAUGAAGUGCCCAAUAGUUCACAAGGUGCUGUUUUCUUUAAAAACAAACAUCUAUUUCAGUUUGAUUAAAAACAUUCUUCAAUAUAAAAAAACAGGUUCUGGCAGAAAAGAUCACUUUAGCGCCAUGAAAAUCCUACAGAGGAGAAAAUAUCAUUUAGUGUGAACUUACUUCUUCAAGGUCAACUAUGGCCAUACCUCUAUUUUUAUGCUUGUGCGUGUCUAUCUUCAAUAUGAAACAGAUAAGAUGCCAUGUAGCUUUAGUGGUACCUUUGAGGUGCGCCUGUACUUAAUACAGAGUACAAGAAUAAAUUUAACUUCUCUGAUUCCUCUUCCCCUUUUGUACUACACAGUUGGUGUUUCUCAAAGCUGUCUACUGGGGCCUCUCCUUUUCUCAAUUUUCACUGCUUCUCUAGUGACAGCCUUAUCCCCCUCGCCUUAAGCUUGAUCAUGUCACUGAUUGCCUAUCCUCUGUUUCUGACCGGAUGACACUUCGAUUCCUGAAACUCAACUUCUCCAAGAUCGUAAAAAAUAAAACAAAAAAGCGCAAUAUAAAAUUAAACCGUCUGUAUGACACCAAAUAUUAAAAGUCCAAAGAUAAAUUUUUUUAGCUGCCAGACAUAAAAGGUUAUUCCGCAAACCUAUGUGAUAGAAUGUCCAAAAGUAGAUAAAUAUCAGCACAAUGUGCAAUAUCCCCAAAUAAGUGUUUGUGGGGAAGCUGGGUAUUGAGAUAAAUGUGUAUGAUUUCCACCUCCACAGCGGUGGUUUAGGAAAUUACACAGAAUACUCCUAAUACUCCUAACACAUUUAUCUCAAUACCCAGCUUCCCCACAAACACUUAUUUGGGGUUAUUGCACAGCGCUGACAUUUAUCUACUUUUGGACUCUCCAAGAUCGAACCCCUCGUCUUUCCUCCCUCUAAGGCUACGUCUGUUUCCGUUCAGGUAAAUGGAACAACAAUAACCUGUUAAAAGUCCAGAGGGUCCAGAAAGCAUUGACAUGGAACAAUCCUGAAAAGCAGUUGAAUGUCACAGAUAAGCAAAGCAAAACAACAAUACUAUACACUUUUUACAAUAACAUUACAGAGUUAAAGGACCACUCUAGGCACCCAGACCACUUCAGUUUAAUGAAGUGGUCUGGGUGCCAGGUCCUUCUAGGGUUAACCCAUUUUUUUAUAAACAUAGCAGUUUCAGAGAAACUGCUAUGUUUAUUAAUGGGUUAAGCCUUCCCCUUAAUCCUCUAGUGGCCGUCUCAUUGACAGCCACUAGAGGCGCUUGCGUGCUUCUCACUGUGAUUUUCACAGUGAGAGCACGCCAGCGUCCAUAGGAAAGCAUUAUGAAUGCUUUCCUAUGCGACCGGCUGAAUGCGCGCGCAGCCAGCCCAGGAGGAGGAGAAGGAGGAGAGCUCCCCGCCCAGCGCUGGAAAAAGGUAAGUUUUAACCCCUUUCCCCCUUCCAGCGCCGGGCGGGAGGGGGACCCUGAGGGUGGGGGCACCCUCAGGGCACUAUAGUGCCAGGAAAACGAGUAUGUUUUCCUGGCACUAUAGUGGUCCUUUAAAGUAUAAAUUUUAAGUGUAUAGGCCAGCAUAAAGAGAGACAAUCACAUUAAAAUAUUUUAGUCAGAUUGCUGACUUGGUGUUACGGGUGUUGUAAUGUGUUUGCUUUUACCUUAAAACGACUCUUUCACUGAUUUUUUUAUGAUGACUCAAAUGGUGACUACCCUCUUCAGCCAAAGUCAGUGUUGUACUAGGGGUUGAUUUAAGAUCAUAUUAAAAUGGUUUUAACACCCUGGCGUAAGGUAUUCUGUAUGAACAAAUAAUUAUUGACAAAUAAUAUUCACCAAAAAUGUAGGGAGUGUUAUAAAAGAAGAAAAUGUUGUACUUGUGGUUGUGUUGCUUUCUAUUAGUGCUUUCUACUGGGGAAAUUACUUGUUUAUACAACCUUGUGAGAAAAGUAGUCAUUAACCUAACAUAAAAUAUGUUUGCACACAUUAAUGAUGUAUAUUUGUCGAUCCUGGGGGUCACUGAUGCCUGGGUGCAAGAUUAUUUUUGGCCCCUCCCCAGGCGGGUGUGGCUAUAUUGCUAACUCCUCCCCUUCACAAACAUAACAUUUCUAACCACACCCAUUUUCCACCUCUUUGUGCCCUCCAAAUUUACCAGGUCACAUGUCACCCACUUCUUACAGUGCCAUCUAUGCCUCCAAAAAACGUAUUAGUGCCAUAUCUUUGCCCAGCUUCCCAGUGCCGUCUCUGACCCAAACAGCUUCCCAGUGCCAUAUUUGUCUCAAAAUAGCUAUUCAGUGCCAUUUCUUUGUCCCAAUAUAGCUAAUCAGUGCCAUCUUACUGUCCCAAUAUAGCUAAUCAGGGCCUUCUUAGUCUCAAAAUAUCUUUGUUCCCAUCUUAUCAGUGCCACCUUUAGGUCCAAAUAGCUUAAUAGUGCACUUUUUGUGCCCAAAUCACUUACCAGCACCAUUAUUGUCCCAAAAUUGCUGAUCAGUGCCAUUUAUUUUUCCAAUACAUUUGUAAGACACGUGUGUGUAUUUGUAUGUAUGAAUGUCCUUCACCAAACGUUACUGUGUGUGCAUGCAUUGUUAUAUUUGAGCAGUAUGUUUGUUUAUUUUCCUAAAUGUCCCUGUGUGACUUAUCUCGACAUUCUCUUCCACUUUUGACUCUAACCCAUCCCCAGGGACAUUGCUAUGUGGACCAGGGACUUCAACCCCAAAAAUACAUUUUAUAACCCCUCCUAUCAUUGACAUUAAGCUUGCCGAAUAAUCCUCCUCAGCUGUACCGUAAAAAAUAAUUAUAUAUUAUAUAUAUUGUAGAUUGGAUUAGCCGUAUUAGUCCAGUAGACAAAAUGCCAAAAUACCAGAGUAUUGCAGUAUGCAAUGGUACCUUUUUUAUCGGACUAACAUAAUAUUUCAAAGACACACUUUCGAACGUUUUCCUCACUUCAAGAAAACUCUUGAAAGCUUGUCUUUGAAAUAUUAUGUUAGUCCGAUAAAAAAGGUAUCAUUGCAUACUGCAAUACUCUGGUAUUUUGGCAUUUUAUAUCACUUUUUAUAGUACUUCCUAUAAAAUGAAAACAUACUUUUUUUUUUACUAUCAAUCAAUAAAAUGUGCAUAUUUCAGUUUUUAAGCAAAACUUUGUUGAGGAAUUAAUACAAAUGCAAAGGCACACACUGUUACACAUGUACAAAGACAUACACUCACAAAUGCACAGUUAAACAUCAGCCCAAACUAUUACACAGAUACACUUACACUUACUAUUACAUAUAUCAGGAAUGGCCCAAGACAUGGCUGCCUGGGUCCAAAGAUGAAAUGCUGCCCCCCCUCCUCACUAAAAGCAUGCACAGAACACGACCACAUCCAUUAUGCUAUGCCUUGUGUGUAGUUAAAAGUGUCUGUGUGUGUGUGUGUGUGUGUGCAGGGAAUGCAGUGUGUCUCUUUGUAUGUGCAGGGUGGGUCUGUGUACAGGGGAUUUAGUGUGUGUCUAUGUGGAAUGCAGUGGAUUUACAUUUUUAAAAUUCACAUAUAUGUAAACUGUAUUUAAAAAAAAAAGUCCCCUCAAUGCCUCAUUAGAGCCUACAAUGGAGUCUAAUGGGCCCUGGAGGGGGUCUCUCUAACACCAUGGCCCCCAUUCACAAUAUAAUAAUAAAACAUAGCUCUGUGAUAAAAAUCAAAUUCAACUUGGAAAAUGCAAAAAGUAUUUAAAAUGUGUAAAUGUGCAAUCCAAACUUUAAAGUGUAAUAAGACUGCAUACGAUCAAUUUUCAUAGUUUUCCAUAUGUUAAAGUAAACACCAGAAAAAAAACAGAGAAAUGAUACCUAUCUUUCAAAACUGCAAAAAUAUAAAGGGAUUUCUAACUGAUAGAAUGUCCAGUCCUUUAUACAAAUGCUGGCUUACAGUUCGCAAAAAGGCUUGUACGGAGUUCCGAUCCUGUUGUGUGCGUGCUGACGUGGUCGAACAUCAUAACGCAUUUAACUGUAAUCACGGCUUCAUCAGACCUGCCCCUUCUCUCACGUCUGUGCUUUUUAAACCCGCCUGUGUGGGCGUAGUUAACUCUCUUCGACUUAAACAGUCUCUUAAUUGGAUAUUAACUAUAGGCCAUCCAUGUGGAAGCAAAUUAAUAGCUGCAACUUGCAGUCAUAUAAUCACAACUCUAAUUUUCUACAAAUAAUAAAACCUCAAUUUCUAUUUUGUGUGUGUGUGUGUGUGUAUAUAUAUAUAUACACACACACACACAUACAUACAUACAUACCGAAAACAUAAACAUAUACUUUAUUCAAAUACAUAAUAUUAAAAACACAACAAUCGACAAAAAUACAUUUAAAUUAUAUCCUCAAGAUAUCCUACUAAAAAAGGGAGAAAGAGAAAACAGUCAAUAGACAGUAUGAAUCAUCCUAAAAAGUUUGUGUGUUUUAGGAGCUAUUACACUUAAUAAGGUGCUGCUCUCUUUUUUAUAUAUAACAGUAUUUGUACUUUUGAGUAAAAAGAUAGAUUAUUAGAGAAUUAACAACAGCGCUUUUUUUUUUUUUAUAGCUCUGCGAUACCCAGCUCAAGUUUCUCUUUUCACCCAAAAGGAACACUAUAGGGUCAGGAACACAAACAUGUAUUCCUGACCCUAUAGUAUUUAACCCUCCAUUUAGGUGGCUUGCCCCCACCGACCAUUAGUCCCUUAUAAAGGGUAAAAACUCACCUAAACUCCAUCGCCGCUCGGGUCUGCAGGUGCUGGCCCCGCUUCCAAUACAUCUGAAGAGUGGCCACUUGGAGGCGUCCCUAAAGGGCAAUGUAAACACUGCCUUUUCUCUGGAAAGGCAGUGUUUGCGUUAAAAUGCCUGAAGGCAAUGAUUAUACUCACCAGGACAACUACAUUAAACUGUAGUUGUUCUGGUGGCUAUAGUGUCCCUUUAAUUACUGUUGCUGGCUGGCUACUGUGGCCGGCUGGUUGGCAGACAGGCUGCUCUGGCAGGCCUCUUUCUUGACCCAGCAGGCGUCUGUUUUGACACCCAAUCCCUUUGUGUGUCUUUUUUUUCCCUUUCCUCUGUGUGUCUCUUUCCCCCCAGCCCCACUGUGUGUCUAUGUGCCCCUCUGUUUGUAUUGCUGUUCCUCUCAGCCCCUCUGUCUUUGUGUGCCCCAGCAUCUGUGCUCCCCAGACUCCCUGUGUGCCUUUUCCCCCCCAGCACCUCUGUGUGCCCUCUUUAUACCCACUCCCCUCCUGUGCCCUCCUUAGCACCCUUCCCUCCUAAAAAAGGAGCCCAACGCUUUUUUUUCCUCACUGGGGAAUUAUUGUAAAUGGGAAAGAUAAUACUCGUUUGGAUCAUAGUGAGGUUUGGCAAAAAUGCUCAUUCGCUCAGUAUAAUAAUGUUGUUGCUAAUACUGAACAACUGCAACAUACUAAAAAUCAAAACUACUUUCCCCUUUUUCUCUUGCCCAGAUUUACUGUGGCUGCCCAAUCACAGACUUCCCAAUGCAGCUUAAUGAGAAGUAUUUGCAAGGCAAUUGCCUGCCUCUUGAGUUUUACUCCACUGAGCAAAACAACCAGGAGGUAACAGAACCUGUUGUCUGAUUGCCAGCAAGGAAGGUGUAAUAAGGCUAAUUUCUAAAAGCGCAAAUUUCUAUUGAACUCUGCACUUGUAAAAUUAAAAAAGAGGACACACUCUUCAUACAUAAAGCACUCCAGUAGCCAAAGGGUUAUAGGCAUGUGUAGUGUUUAAAUCACUUAUUUAUGCUGCCAUAACUACCCCUUUCCCUGGCUGUGACUUACACAGCCUCUAUGGUAAAAAAUGGAUUUUCAUUCAGCACACUUAAAGCACAGUGUAUACAGAACAUUUUAUCUACUCUGUUUAUUGAACUUUAAUCACAUACAUGAGGCUCUAGGAGGCCAUUAACAGAGCAGGUGAUAAUAAGUUCUCAAUUAAACACACCAUGCAACAAGGGAAGUUUAAAAAAUAGAUCUUUCUUCACAUGAAGUGUGUAGGGAGGCUGUGUAAGCCACAGCCAGGGGAGGUGUGGCUAGGGCUACAUAAACAUUUAACACCUAAAUGGAAGGGAAUUGAGCAGUGAGGCUACAACGGGAUGAUCUAUACACCAAAACUACUUCAAUAAGCUAAUGAUGUGUUGGUGCUUAGAGUACAUUUGCAACAACGCAGACAAAUUAGUUUUUGUUUUUUCUUUACUGUUUCUACAGUUUUGCUAUGUAAAACGGUCAAAAUUUUAUUGGGUCUUGUUUUAUUUCUUGUAGAUGCAAAGCUUUAUUUUCUCAGGAAAAAAUGGUGACCGCAUUGGCCAAAAUAAAAGUAUUGGAAUUCCGAGGAAAGAUGGCCAUUACACACAUGCUACAGCAUCUGGCUCUCAGUAUGUCCUCAUGUAUACAGGUAAACACUGCAUUUUAGAUUGGUUCACAAGAACUUCUUACUGUAAACUUUUCAUUCAAAGGUUUACAUCAUUUUAGAUAUCAUUAGGGAUGGUGUAUAACAUUGUCUUAUACUGGUAGUGUACAAAGCAACUCAGUUUUUAGGAUCAAGUAUCCUCAAAUAUUUGUAAUUAUUGUAUUGUGUUGUUUGUCUAUUACUACUGCGCUUUACUGAUAUGAUUUAACAUUUGGAAAGUAUUGUGUGUAUGCCAUUUACAUAAUCCUUUAUGGACUUGCUUACUAUAUACCAUAUGUCAUAUUUUGCCUUCACAGGGGGCUCAAUUGAAGGAUAUUCUGUCAGAGAUUUAUAUUCUAGAAUUACAGAUGAUGAAAUAAAACCUGUAACACUAAAGACAGAUCCUGACUGGGAGGGACAAACAAAUCAUUCUGCAGGUUAUAUUCCAAUUCUUCCUAUUUCCAGGUGAGAUCUUUUCACACAAAUUGGUAGAUCAGUGUCUCAAUGAUCUUGUGUUACCUUUCCUAUAGAGGCAUUAACUAUCAGUCCUAGACAGGGGUUGGUCCGAGUUCAAAACUAGGUGGAGAGCCGUAACUUGAUUUUUGUCAUAGAGUCCUGUGCCUUAAUACUCAGUACUUCCUGCUAGUUCCGCUUGUUAGCCUGUUUACGCUAAUGCUGAUGAUGUAUCUGGGAGGCAGUAAAUAACAUGUUUAUCAAGCUUGUUUUGUCGUAAUCCGUAUGUCUGACUUUCCCUCUCCAUUCACAAUUUCAACACCAGAUAUUAAUGUAGACAUGUCAGUUGAGCCUGCUUCGGCCUGUUCGUAAAAUACAAAAAAUGAGGUAUUGCCAAUCAUUUGUGAACUGCUAAACUGUAUACUUAAUCCUUGAAUGCUUGUAUUGUUAUUCUAUUUACCUCAAUAAAACAAAGAAUAAAAAAAAAAAAUACUCAGUACUUAAGUAAAGCUUAAACAAGGUAGAGAUGCAGAAUGAACUAAGGCGUAUUACCGGUGCUUGGGAAUGGCCAGGCUUAACACUAGGAGAAAGCAUGAAUAUCCUGCAAAGCAGGAUAGAGAAUAGUAAAAGACUAACCGGUUUCAAGUAGAAUAGAAAGUAACAGCAAUGGUGAGACUAGACAAGGUCAAGGAUUACGGAGUUGAGAACAAUCCUAAAUCAGAAACCAGAUAAACACUCUCUGAAUAACCACAACAAACAAAGCAUGGAUGGAGGUGAGGUGUCAUGUAGCCGUAAGUAACAUUUGAUUGAUCCGUGUCAUUCCUGCGACCCCAAAGACGCUUAUGUCACAGGAAUGACGUGGAUGAGUGUGUCCGAAAUGAUGCAAGUCGUAAAUGGAUGCGCAUUUAGCUUGACCAGUGUUCAGCAAUAUACUUUAACCCCUUAAGGACCAAACUUCUGGAAUAAAAGGGAAUCAUGACAUGUCACACAUGUCAUGUGUUCUUAAGGGGUUAAAACAAUCAACCAUUUUUAGUUUAGGAAUACCCUUCCUUCAUUACCAUCUAGACAUAUUACAGAUUACUAUUUAACUAGUUGCAACUGGCUGGUUUCAAUGCUGUUUCAAGAGAUGCAUUCUUGAUAAAAAUCUGAUAUCAGGGGUUUAUGUUUUAAUACUUUUUACUACCACUAUUCUCUGUAGAUUGCAAAUUCCAUGCAUCUGCAAACUGUUUUUUCUUUUUUUUUGGGUUGUCCCACCCAUAUUAAAUACAUUAUAUCCUUUAUUUAUUAUAGCUCUGGUGAUAUUCGCUAUUUAUUAAAGAUUCCUGGAAAGUAUUACAACAACAUUUUGAUUGUGAAAACAGAGGUUUCUGAAUUGCUUGAUGGACAGAAGUUUCAUUCAUUGUGGUCUCUAAAUACAACAAACAUUCUAAGGUAAAAAAAAAAUAUGAGAUGUAAUGGUACUACAGUCACAUGAAAAUAAAAAAAAUGGGCAGAAUCGUCUCACAACAGUGAGAAUGGAGCCCCCUGGAUAUAUAACAGUAUCCUAACUGUGUAAGUGGUAAAUGGCUACAUAAAAAACAACAGUAACAAAAGAAAGGUAGCAAAAAGUAACUAAUAAAUUAUAAGGCUAUUCCUAUACCUUCUCCUACUGAGUUAUAGACAGUAUAACUAAGAUCCUGUAUGACAUUCCAUUAAAUAUUUUACUCCGUAGAUAAAUACUAUGGAAACUGUAAGACGCUCAACUUGAUUAUUUGAUAUCGAAGGAUACGGUAGCUUCAUGAUUCAUUUAUCCUAUCACCUUCGUGAUUUGUGGGAUAGUUUAAGUCAAUGUGCAAAUAGUAGAUUGAUUGUACAUGCCUAACAGCCAGACUAUACAUACCUACGAUAGCCCACGAUUUCUAAAGUAUAGUAUAGGGGUCAAGCCCCGAGACACCCCUGGAGUGACUCAGUGACAGGAAACAUGCAUACGGUUGCGUACACUUAUGUUUAUACCGCUGUCUUCGCAGUCACAGAGUCUUACUACUACAGUCAAAUGAAUUCAAAAGUUCAACUAUUUGUUGUUCAUUUAUUUUGAAGAACAUGACUAGGUACAUUUGUGUGCUCUGAAAUUAUCUCUUUCAAAAGACUAUCCCUAACCCCUUCUAAGAGUUUAUAGCAUUUUUAUGCAGCCAGCAUCCAAGCCAAAGUGUAAUCAAGAAAGUGUGCUUACAAAUUCUGCCACUUAUAGAAUAUACUGCAGAUUACCUAGUAAUUUGAUAUAAAAGGAAUAAUUAUGCAAUCAUUAAAGGAUCACUACAGUGACAGAAAUACAAACCUAUAUUCCUGUCACUAUAGCUGUAAUAGAACUAUUUAGCCCCCUGGUCCCACCAUUAACCAAUGUAAAAGGUAAGUUUACUCACCUUUAUUCCAGGGCCACGCGGGUCCGAUGGUGCUGGUUUCGCCUUUUUGACUGAGAUCAGCAAAAUUUACCAUGUCAGCCAAUCCAAUGCUUUCCCAUAUGAAAGCAUUGAAAGGCUAUCGCGCAUGCACGGCAAACCGCAGCGCUAGCCAAUCAGCAUCUCUUCAUAGAGAUACAUUGAAUCAGUGCAUCUCUAUGGCAAAAGUUCAGCGCCUUUAUGCAGAGCAUGGAGACACUAAACGUCACAGGAAGCACCCCUAGUUGGCAUCUGAGUGAGAGCCACUGGAGGUGUCCCUAGGCAUUAAUGUAAACACUACCUUUUCUCUGAAAGGGCAGUGUUUACAUUAAAAAGUCUACAGGGGCAUGCUAUAAAUUGUUCUAGUAGUUGUUCUGGUUACUAUAGUGUCUCUUAAAGUGCAUCUCAGUGUGUGGCCCACAAUGAAUUUGUUUGCGACCCGGUCGAGUGUGCACAACAAUCACUUGUCAGACUGACAGGUGAUUUUAGCGCCCGCCUCAGCCUGCGCUCCCUGCGUCCCCAAGCAGCAUGCGGCUCCCUAAAGGAACCGCACGCACUGUACUCUAGGAGGGUGAGCGCCUCUCACUCUGCGUAGGAACGCCAGGUGUCACAUGACUACCCAGCGCUCAGUCUGUCAGCACACCGCUAGAGAGUGCAAGGCUCCCCUCCCCUGCUAUGUCAGGUAAAAUGGAAGGGAGGGGGGCCAUCUAGCUACAAGGCAAAUGCAAAGCCGGCGCUAGCAUCACCUCGGGUGCCAGCUCUGGGAGGGAACAGCUUACUAAAAAUAGGGAAGGAAGGAGGUGGGAAGAAAGUCAUGGGGGGGGGAGGGAGAGAUAUAUGAAUGGGGAGAGAGAUAUGGAUGGAAUGGGAGAGAGAGACAUGGAUGGAAUAGGUAGGGAGCAAGAUAUGGAAGGGAGGGAGACAUGGGGGGAGAAACAUGGAUGGAAGGGGGAUAUGGAUGGAGAGAGAUACAUGGAUGGAAUGGUUAGGGAGGGAGACACGGGGAGAGAUAUGUAAGGGAGGGAGAGAGAUGGUGGAGAGACAUGAAUGGAAGAUGGGAGAGAGACAUGGAGGGAAAUGGACAUGGAUGGAAUGGGGGGUUAUAUGGAAGGGAGGGAGACAUGAGGGGAGAGGUGUGGGGGACAGACAUGGAUGGAAGGUGGGAGAGAGAUAUGGAGGGAAACAAACAUGGAUGGAAGGGGGAAGAAGAGAAAUGGAUGGAAGAGGGGAUAGAAGUGGGCAGUGUGCAGCCACACCUUACUCUGCCUGGAGAUUGCAGAGGGACUAGGAAUCGAGUGGAGCGGACUGAGACUGCAGUUUACAGAGGUACCGAGUAAACGAGAAGAGCGGGCACUCCAUACAGUGGCAUUACUACUGAGACAGUUGAAGCUUUCAAUUGAAUUAUAUAUAUGUACCCCAGAUUACAUAUCGUGUGCAUGAGAAUGAUACAAGUAAUUUUAGUUUGUGUGUGUCGUGGUCAAACUUUUUUUUUUGCAGUCCACAUAAACUUAAACCUUGUUUAUUUGGCCCGUUUAUUUGGCCUGUGUUAGUCUUUGAGUUUGACAUGCUUGAGUUAGAUUGUUGAAUUAUAUUUUUUAUAUAGCACACAGGUCUAACAUCCUUCUUGUUAUUAGAGUCUUCUUGUGGUUGAAUUCUAUAACAUCUAUAAAAUGCUCUGGUUUUAAUGACUGCUUAUAUAAUAAAUGUGUUUUUUUCUUUUACUUCUGUAGCAAGCCAGCACUUGGGUACUUUAAGAAAGAUGUCUUGUCCAUAAUGAUGGAGCUUGGAAUUGGAAAUGGAAGAAAGAAGGUUUAGUAUAGCCUUUAAUUAAAAUGAAAUAAUGUAUAUUGCUUUAAGUAACAAACAAGAGCACCCUGAGCAUAUUACAACUAUCUCACACAUGGCAUUCAGCUCAGAUAUAUAAAUGAUAUCCUCUUUCUAGUGUAUUGAAAUUGUUCAAUUUUUUGCCACUUCAUUCUUGUGCAAGGAAUGUAAUGCAUUAGAAACAGGAGUGAUGCGCGUGUUUUCAUUUUCUCAGGUGUUAUUGCUAGCGUGCUGCACAUUUACCUAUUUAAAGGGAAACUAUAGUGCCAGGAAAACAAAGUUGUUUACUUGGCACUAUAGCUCCCUGUAGUUCCCAACUUCCCCAACACGGUGCUGAAGGGGUAAUAAAUCCCUUCUGCCACUUACCUCAGUCCAGCGCCGAUGUCCUCCGGCGCUGGCUUAGGUCUGCCUCCGUGCUUGAAUAAGGAUUUCCCUAUAGGAAAGCAAUAUACAAUGCUUUUCCAUGGGGAUUCCGGUGUUGCUGGAUGUCCUCAUGCACUAGAGUUGCAGUCCUCAGUCACUAGAUAAAAAAACUACAAUAAUUAACUUUGAAGGUACCAGGGACACUGCACCCAGAACACUUCAGUCAUCUGUGUGCCUAUAGAAUUAAUUUAAGGGACCAUUAAAGUGGUCCAGACCACUUUAACUCAAUGUAAAACAUUACCAUUUUGUAGACACAGCAGUGUUUACAUUGAAGGGUUAAAUACACAUCUUAUCUUCCUGGCAGCUACUAGAGACACUUCUGCUUUCAGAACUGAGUCAAAAUCAGUUUUGCAAUCAAAUGCUGCUCAUAUCAGCACUUGACUUGAGGAGCAUAGUGUUUGUCCUUGCAUGUGAAUCCAGUCCACCAAUGCUUCUCUAUGAGAAUCAUUGGUAUGAAAAAGAUUGAGGAAGAUGUCAGCAGGCAAGCUGACGGACAUGGAACCGGGCAGCUGCAGCAGAGGAUUCUUGGCACUAGAAAAGAGAUAAGUAAUCUUUAUUUAAAGGGUUCCUUUUAAAAUGACAGUAAUGCUGCAUUGACUUAAAAUCAUAGGAAACAGACUGGGUAUUCAGUUGCACCAUACGGCCAUAUUGUGUUAAGGCCCCCACUUGUCACAGUCACAGCACCCCAAUAUCUGUGGGGGUAUUUUUGUUUGUGCACUGUUCCCUUAAAUUGUAAUAGUUAAAAACCCUCAUCACUGCAAUGGUUAAUCCUCUGGUGGAUGGCCCACAUAUGCUAGUCAACCAUCACAUUCAAUAGUGAGGGCUAAAAGAAAAGGGGGUCACAUCCCAAUGGUUCUGACCAUGGGUGGGGGCUUGGAGGGACAUUGGGUCCUGCUUCCUUUAAUAUGAUAAUUAGGGGUCCACACCCCCUGUCUUUCGAUGGAGGUUGGGUGGGACAAAGGUGGUUAUUUCACAGGCCCAUUGGGGACUUUCUAGUAACUGGGUGGCUAUGUAUGAUGACAAGCUUCACUUGGAGUGGUGUAAAGCUCACUGUCAUUGGACUUUGGAGCUAUGGAAACACUGUUUUGAGUUCAAAAUAACAGUUAUCUAUUGGUAAGUCUGGUUAAAAAAAAAAAAAAAGUUUAGGAGUUGCCAUGAGACAUUUCAGUGCAAGCUGCAAUAAAGUUUGGUAGAGGAGGAAUAAUUGAUUUUCGUGAUUGUGGUUUAGCCCCUUCAUUCAAUUGACAGGACAUUAUAAAACUACAGCACAAAAUUGCAUUUGAGACAAUCCUGUGUCCCAGCUUUGUUGGGAAUGUGCUUUACUGUUUUAACAUAACAAUCCCCUGUGCACAAUUUCCAUAACAAAGCUCCACGCUCUAGGCAAGGCCUUCACAGAUGGAUUAUGGCAACAACGGGGUGGCUAACAAUAUAUUGUAUAUUUUCUCAUGAUUUUGGAAUGCUAUGGUUGAUGAGCUGGUGGCAGUAUACUUUGUUUUUGUGGUUUUGUUUUUUUCUAUCCCUCUAUGUAACUCUGUAGAGUUUUGUUAUAUUAAUAUCAUUUAUUUUUGGUAAUUUGUAAUGGAAUGAAGCAUACAAAAAUCAUGCAAUGCAUAAUUCACAGUGUUACAUUUGCAUUAUUUUUCUGUUAGGUAAUAAUUAUUGACAGCAACAGUGGAACAGUACAGUGGGAAGUAGAAAUGAAUUUGGGAAUUGUCAAUCCAAAUCCUGCUACACUGAAAACAGGAGAUCAUCGGUCCUUCUUCCUCUUUUGGGGCGAAGACAAUCCAGACUUGAACAGCACAGUAUGUCAAUUCUCUUAAUAUUCUAACUUGUAAUUACAUUAUAUAAUGCUAAAUAACAAUUAUUUAGGCUGCUCCUACAAAAUCUUGUUGUUGCUGUAAUAUCCCACUAAACAGGAAGUGAGUGAAAUAAAAGCCAGUCAGUGCUAACUUUUGAGUAGGUCAAUGAAAUAUCAGUGUAACUUUAAAGGGACACUAUAGUCACCAAUGCAACUACAUGUAUUCCUGACCCUAUAGUGUUAACACCACCAUCUAGCCCCCCUGGGCCCCUCAUGCCUCCAUAAAUAUAGUAAAACUCUUUCUGUAUUCAAGCCAGAAGCUGUAACUCUGCAUGCUGUUUGCCUAAAAAAAAAAAGUCUGCUGACAUCAUCAGAAGUGGUAGCCUGAUCCAAUCACAGUGCUUCCCCAUAGGAUUGGUUGAGACUAACAAAGAGGCAGAUCAGGGGCAGAGCCAGCAUGAUUCAAACACAGCCCUGGCCAAUCAGCAUCUCCUCAUAGAGAUGAAUUGAAUCAAUGAAUCUCUAUGAGGAAAGUUCGGUGUCUGCAUCCUGCCCUGUGCUCUGCUGACAGCAGAUCUGAGUGGAUUGAUGAGUUUUAUGCCUCAAUCAACUCGGAAGUCCCUCUGGUGGCAUUCUGAGUGACUGCAACUGGAGGUGUUCCUAGCUUUCAAUGUAAACACUGUAUUUUUUGAGAAAAUACAGUGUUUACAUGAGAGAGGCUGCAGGGAGCUAUAGUUCUCACCUGAACAACCUCAUUAAGCUGAAGUUGUUCAGGUGACUAUAGUGUCCCUUUAAUGUUACAACAACACUAUGGUCCAAACAUCUAAUUUCCUUUUUUUAAUAUAUUUUUUAAAUCUUUAGCCUAUCAUUUCCAUCUAAAACCUCAAACCGCUUUUAAAAGCAGACUGAGGUUUAUUUUGUGCAACCUAAUAGAUUUUACCACAAACCAUGAUUUCACAUUUGUCAACAGAUGAUACACGCAUUAUAUUCCCUGCAUGAUCUGUGUUUAUUGGGACACACUGUAGCCCCCUACUCCUUCAUACUCUAGUUUCCCCUUUCUUUAACAAGUUGGGGUGCAGAUCUGCAGAUUAUUUUGUAGCAGACAGGAAUUUACAAGACAGUAAUAAUUAUGAAUGUAUUUAUGAUCUGAAUCUGUUGCCCAUUCAUAAUUUUCACCAUCUUUUCAUAUAAAGUAAACGCCAGUCAUAACCAGGGACAACUCAAUAGACUGGCAGGCCUGUUGAAGCUUUCUGCCUCUUCAAAUAUGGCAAUAAAUGAUUUUGCUGAGUGAGAGGUUGCUUUUUAGUUUCUUUUCUGCGCUUCUGCAUUGAUCACACUUUUACACUUCUUUGUAUACUGAAAUGAAGGCAAUUGGAAUGCUCAUUUAAGUAAAAAACAAAGAAGAUUCAAGCAGCUUUACAAUUUUGGUCUGAAAAUGUGCCAAAUACAGUAGCUUUUUAUAGCAGCAUUUUUGUAAUCAUGGAACGCUAAAUCCUUUGCUUUUUUGCAUAUGCAUGAUCCCAGUACAAAUUAGCACUUUUUAAUUUUAAAAUAUAUAUUUUUUGUGAUAUAAGAUGCAGAUGAUAUAAGAACAUAAUAAAAAAACUAAUAUUAUUAUAUUCACUUUCUUGUUUUGAAUAUGCCCUGUAUUACAUUACAUAUACAGUUGUUCUCAAAAGUUUGCAUACCCUUGAGGAAUUGGUAAUAUAUGUAUCAUUCUUAUUCAACUAUAUGUUAUAACAGAAUGCCACAAUCAUAAAACAAAACAUGACAACAAAUAAAAAAAUGAAACUAACCCUGUUCAAUAGUCUGCAUACCCUUAGUUCUUAAACGACCACUCUAGGCACCCAGACCACUUCAGCUUAAUGAAGUGGUCUGGGUGCCAGGUCCUUCUAGGGUUAACCCAUUUUUUCAUAAUUAUAGCAGUUUCAGAGAAACUGCUAUAAUUAUGAAUGGGUUAAGCCUUCCCCCUAAUCCUCUAGUGGCUGUCUCAUUGGCAGCCACUAGAGGCGCUUGCGUGCUUCUCACUGUGAUUUUCACAGUGAGAGCACGCAAGCGUCCAUAGGAAAGCAUUGUAAAUGCUUUCCUAUGAGACCGGCUGAAUGCGCGCGCAGCUCUUGCCGGGCGUGCUCAUUCUGCCGGCGGGGCUUAACGGAGGCGGAGAGGAGGAGGAGAGCUCUCCUCCCAGCGCUGGAAAAAGGUAAGUUUUUACCCCUUUCCCCCUUCCAGAGCCGGGCGGGAGGGGGUCCCUGAGGGUGGGGGCACCCUCAGGGCACUAUAGUGCCAGGAAAAAGAGUAUGUUUUCCUGGCACUAUAGUGGUCCUUUAAUACUGUGUAUUGACCACUGAAGCAUCAAUGACAGAGUGCAGUCUUUUGUAAUAGUUGUCUCUGAGGCCCCUAAUUCUUGCAGGUGGUAUAGCUGCCCAUUUGUCUUGGCAAAAUGCCUCCAGGUCAUGCAAAAUCUUUGCUCGUUUUGCAUGAGUCGCAUGUUUGAGAUCUUCCCAGAGUGGCUCGAUGAUAUCAAGGUCAGGAGACUGUGAUGGCCACCCAAGAACCUUUACUUUUUUCUGCUGUAACCACCAAAGGGUCAACUUGGCCUUGUGCAUAGGGUCAUUGUCAUGCUGGAAAGUCCAUCAUUUAAUCAGGGACAUUUAGGUGAUUUCUGUUAUCAUUAUGAUUUAAAAAGGAGCCAAACCGCUAUGUGAUAAUAAAUGGCUUCAUAGGAUCACUAUCCUUCAAUAAAAUAAACUUGUUUGCAUAAUCAGUCAUAUUUUCAAAAUCAAUGCCAAAAUUUCACAAUUUCUACAAGGGUAUGCAAACUUUUGAGCACAACUGUAUAUGUAUUGAGAAUAUGUACGUAGAGGGGAAAAGAUGAAAAGGAAUAUCAUUUGAUUUUUUUUCUUCUUCAUUAGAUGGAGGCAAGAGAAAACCUGUACAUGUUUCAUCCAUCAUAUUCCAAAGCUUUACUUCAGCUGAACAAUAAUACCAAAAACAUAGUAAUGUUUGAUGGUAAGUAUAUUUUCAAGCAAAAACACAAACUAAAAAAAGUAUAAUUAGCUCCUAUGGGUCAUAUGUUAAUAACAAUUAAAUAGACUGAGAAUAGUGUACCAAGGAAACUGGGAUAUAAUAUAAUCAGCAGAGGGUGUCAGCUGCCAUUCAGACUUGGAAUAAGAAAAUAAAUAAAUUUUAUUGAAAAAAUGAUUAAAAUAAAUCCAAUGUGGUACUACGUAGAAUCGUGCUCAUUUACUAAUAUGUGACACAAGAGUGGGACCAUAGGUAUACGAUCAGUAUGAUAAAUAGUAACCAGCUUCAAUGGUUUCACAAUAGUUGGUUCUAACCUUAGGAAAGAGGUGAUACUAAUCGAGCUACCUAUUUAAGGAUCAGCAUACAACGUUACUCCAAAGCAUUUUGCCGCACAUGCACAGUAGUCUCCCAAUGACUUCCUAUAGGAAGGAAGUGGCUAGAGGUCACUAUAGAGUUAGGAAUACACAUUUGUAUUCCUAAUGAUAGUGUUUUUUAACAUCAGCCUGAAUAAUUGUGCUAAGAACUAUAUAUCAACUGAUUUAUAAAUCUUCAUUUUUUGCUUAGUGGUUAUUACAUUUAGUUAGAUUUUUUUUAAAUAGUGGAAAUAUCAUAUUAUUUUUCAUUAUGUUUUAUUUUGUAUUUCAUUUUCUCUAUUCAUGAGCUCCAUUUUGUAUAUUACUCACUCUUAGGGGGUUAAUCAGGUUAGAAUGCAUGUGGACUUAACUGAGGGAGAGCUGAUGGUCAUGUAUGACCACAGUUGAUUCAGAAGUUAAUUUGACCUUGGCAAAGUUUUAAUACAAUAUAAUACAAUACAUUGUUAUGAUCUCUGUCCCUAUGCCCCUGCGUGUACGUUACAGCUGCAAGAUUUCAGUAUUGAGUGUAUCAUAAUGAUCACUUGUGUAUUUCAUUAAUUGUAAGGGCUAUAACAACCCACUUUUUCCUCCACUCUUUUUUUGUGGUUUGUCUCUCUGUCUGAGCAUUUAUUUAUUGAUUCUUGGCAUGUGUUUUCUUUUAUAUCCAAGUUAUUCUCAAGUUAUCCUGUCUGCUUGUGUCAGGUCCUAGGAACAUGGUACAGCUAAGUAAUAUAGGAUCCCAAAUUGCAAAUAUAGCUGACUAGACAUAAGAGCCUGGUACAGGUCAGUAUAGAAUUCCUCCUAACUUCAGAAAUAACAGCAAUAGAAAGAAGUAUUACCAGACCUUUGCACAGUGGCAAACUAUUGUUGAGAGGGCCCUGACAUAUAUACACACACACAUAGAUGCACACACCCUGACACAUGCACAUAUCCUGACAUACAGAUACACAAACUGACAAAUAUACACACACACUCAGAUACAUAAACACAUAUGGACAGGUACACACACCCACAAACAAAUACACAUAAAGACAUACAUGUGAUAAUUUUUAUUUUUGAAGCCACCCCCCUGCUAGCUUACCUUUUGUGUCCAGGAGGGUUACAUAGCUGAAAAGAGACUUGUAUCCAUCAAGUUCAGCCUUCCUCACAUAUGUUGUUGCUGUUGAGCCAAAAGAAGGCAAAAAAACCUAGUCUGAAGCGCUUCCAAUUUUGCCACAAACUAGGAAAAAAUUCCUCCUUGACCCCAAAGUAGCAGUCAGAUGUCUCCUUGGAUCAAGCAGCUAUUACCCCACUAAUUAGAAAUUAUCUGGAGUCCUGCUGCUGCUCCUGGCCUAGGUUGAUGGGAGUGAGUACGGGAUCUCCUGCAGCCUCUCUCUCCCUCCAUCUGCCUGUCUGCAUGGCUUCCUCCAUCCCGCGCUGCACUCUAUUUAACUGGGCGGAAGUGAUCGUAUGUCACUUGCUCACAUCCGGGCCAACAAUACAGGGGCCCAGUCGCGGUCUUAAAGGGCCGCGGCAACCAACUGAGCCCCUGUCAAGUAUUACAGCUAUAAUACUCAUCGGGUGGCCCUAAGUCCAUAGGCCCCCAAAAGUGUGGUAGUUCCACCACUGCCUUAGCAUGAAAGAAAGAUACCAAUAGUGUAAACUAACUGCAUAAAAGAUGAGCCAAGAUCUGGGUUCUGAAAAAACAGUCAGCCAAACUACAAUCAAAUACAGGAAAUGGGGUAGUCAGCCAAGCCAAGUUGGUAUACUAGAAAGCAGGAAGUCAGAUAAGCUAAAGUCAGGACAGGCAGCGAGCAAGUAUGGUAAAAGAACAAGCCAGAUCAAGAUCAGUAAUAUCGGAACACAGGAAACCCCAAAACCUGAACCACACUUGGGAUUAUGAACUGGCCAUAGACCUCAGAAAGGUCAGACCUUAUAAAAACCUAAACCAAUGAUGUCACCAGGUCACAACCCUGGAUGUAAUUACGUCCCAAAUACCUGUGUAAAAAUAAAACGCAACUGUACAAUGGUCAGCAUCACAAAGUAAAUAAAAAUACCAACGCAGCUCACUGUAGAAGAUGUGGUGCCAGAAGUGCCCACCUUCCACUAGUUCACCUGUAGUACGUGGUCAACUUAUUGUCUUAGAGAGUCAGCUGUCAACCAAUGAACUAAGCACUGCACCCCAGGCUUUAGCUUAGAGCUGAGAGCUUCCAGCUGCAGACGAGACAGGGAGCGACACCGCCAAACCACUAUCAAACAGUUUGACUACUUACAUGGGGGGCACUCCUGGCACUAUAGCCACUACAGCACACUAGUAGUUAUGGUGUCAUUUUAAUCAUAGAGAAAAGCAAGAUGUCUGAACUCUGUAUCAUUAGUUUGUUGAUUUUAACACUAGAUUGCAGCUCUGCACAUUAAAAGCUUAUCAUCAAAUACACUAACACUGUCUAAAAUGUCAGUCACCCUGCUUGGGUAUCAGUUGAUUUGUCUUAUAAUACUUUUGUUCAUGUUAGACAUUUGUUCUUUAGGUAUUGUUGAAAUUGACAGCAUUUUAGAAACCAGGAUGCAAUAAAAUUAUUUUGAAAUUGUUUAUUUUUUUCUCUAUUUUUCUUUAAGCUUUUCUAUUUGAGAAAAGUCGGCACGCUUGCUACGUCCUAUUAAGCGGACCAAACACACUGGAAAUGUUUAACAAUGUGUCCAUUUCUAAACGAAAGCUAAAGGAAGAUAUCACAACAAGCAAAAUUGUGUGGCUUAGCAAGGAGACCGCCAACGAAAAGGAUAUAAGAGACCACUUUUUUAGAAUGAGAUAUUCAAGUCAUUGAUAGAAAUGAUUGCAUUAUAUUUAAAUUUAAUUUUCUUUUACAUAAAUUAACAAAAUAGUACUUUAUAUAUAUGAAUGAAUAAGUAUACCCAACUAUCAAAAACUAAACUAUUAACAUAAAUUAUGCUAAAUAUUUAUGAACUAAGAGUAACUUUUAAUUUCACAUGUUAAACUUAGAUUGCAAAUAUUAUCGCAAUCAUGAACGUUAAAAAAAAUCAUGAUGCAGCAAUAUGUGUCACAUUUUCUAAAAAAAAUCCAUAUAUUAAGAUCAUGCCUCUUUUCUGCACAGUUUUUGAGGCACAAAUUGGAAAAACUAAAAGAGAGUGAAGGACUUUGUGGAAUUGUAUUCAAUUCUGUCAGAAUUUUAUUUAUUUUUUAUUUAAUUUUUGGGAACAUAUUGUGUGCAGUUGAUAACUAAAAUAUUAAGCAUUAUGUGACAAAGACAUUUUUAGAAAUUAAUAGUAUUGCUAAGUUUUAGAAUACUAAAAACAUAAUAAAUUGACUUUUAUAUUUUAAAUGCAAAAACCCAAUUGCUUUGUAAAGCUCCCAAUGCAUCCUCUCCAAAUUAAAGACCAACAACUAAAGAAAAGUGAAAAAUAUUGCUAUUUUAUGUUUAUAAUAUGAUUUAUCAUUGAUAAUCUUUGGUUCUAAUGUAUUUAAUAACAUUGCAAUCACUGUUCAGUCUUGCAAAUGUUAGUACUAUAACCAAAUGAAGAUCUCAGGCUUUGGUGCUUUAACAAAUAUUCAACCACUUUACUGUUUACUGUAUUCAGGUUUUUAUUUCCUGUGUUGUUUUUUUGUUUGUGCUAUACGAUUUGUAACUUUUUUCCAUAUAGCAAGCCUUGUAAGAUAGCGUAUUUGUGAUUUAUGAAUUUGAUUUUCAAAGACUGUCAUUUUUGCAGUGCCUUUUAGUUGAGUGCCUUGAGACUUGGGAAAACUAUUUUUUUUACAACCAUAUACAAAGGAACACUGUAGUGUUAGAAAUACAAACCUGUAUCCCUGACGCUAAAGUGCUCUGUCCCUAGCUCUAGACAAGACACCCCCACUCACUUUUCAAUGUGAAUCAUACGGACAACCACUAGAGGUGGAAUUAACCCUGAAAUGUAAAUAUUACAUUCUCUAAACAAAAAAACUGCGAUUUUAUUUAUUUUUAUUUAUUUUUUUUAUUAUUUUUUUUUUACACUACAGGGUUAAAGGGAUAGGGUCACUGCGCCGAGACCACUUCAUUGAGAUAAAGUGGUCUGGGUAACUAUAAUGUCCCUUUAAAUCCACAGUUUUACAAUAUAUGCAUGGUUUCGGUCCCAGAGAUAUAUUAUCCCACUUUGUAUCAUACUUAAAGGGAUUCUAUUGUGUAAGGAAUACAAAUCUGUAUUUGUUACACUAUAGAGCCCUCUGCUUAUUUCUCAGAAACUGCAAUAAUUUACAUUACAGGAGUAAGUGAGACUGGGACAUUGCACCCAGACCACUUCAAUGAAGUGAAGUGGUCUGGGUGACUUUAGUGUCCCUUUAAGGUAAAAGCAUACAAUGGCAUAUUGAUAUUUAUAGAAAUUAUAAACUUUUCUUUUUCUUACUUUUGAUACUCUCCAGAAAUUAGCAUUAAGAGAACCACUGAUAGACCACCAACCAGCUUUAAAGAGCUGUUUUCUUAACAUUAUAUUUUAGGUUUCCCUCAUUUUUUUCUUUUCUUUUUUUUUAAAGUAGUCUUCGUAAUUUUGAAGAAAUGUACAUUUUUAAAAGGGCACGCUAGCUUCCUCAUCAUUUAAAUCAUGAAGUUUCAUAGUUUUAAAUGUCAAAACAAUAGUUUACCCAGCAAAUCCGUAUGAGAGCUUGCACUACUUUUAAUUUACGAUUCAUUUAAAUAAAUAAAAUUUUACUUUCCAAAUAGCAGUAUGUCUCUAGAACAGGGCAACAUUAAAUAAUAAAAUGAAUUAUAUUUCCAGUUUUCUCCACCAAAUGAUGCACACAGGUCUGAGGUACCUAUAAACUUGCUGCCAACUUUGUUAAAACACUACAUUUUCUCUGUGAUAUAUCGUUUAAUUAGUUUUGACUUUAGAAAAUAUCGAAUAGCCAUUGCAUAUGCUAAAUAUAGUUGCUAUAAUAGUGUAAUACUGCAGAGUGGUCUAGUUUAGUGGCACUUUAACGUUAAAGGACCACUAUAGUGCCAGGAAAACAUACUCGUUUUCCUGGCACUAUAGGGUCUCUAGGUCCCCCCUCCCGCUGGGCUCUAGGGGGUGAAAGGGGUUAAAUCUUUCCUUUUUUACCCCGCCGGGCUCCCUCGGCGGUGGGGAAUCUCCGCCUCAUCGGCUGAAUGCGCAUGUGCGGCACGAGCCUCGCACGUAUUCAGGCAGUAUAUAGGAAAGCAUUCUCAGUGCUUUCCUAUGGACGCUGGCGUCUUCUCACUGUGAAAAUCACAGUGGGAAGCACCUCUAGCGGCUGUCAAUGAGACAGCCACUAGAGGCUGGGUUAACCCAUUUGUAAACAUAGCAGUUUCUCUGAAACUGCUAUGUUUACAGCAGAAAGGGUUAAUUCUAGAUGGACCUGGCACCCAGACCACUUCAUUAAGCUGAAGUGGUCUGGGUGUCUAUAGUGGUCCUUUAGAGAAAUACUUCAAGCACCAUAACCCCUACUUAGGCCAGUUAGUCUUUUAAAAAGUUGAAGCGGCCUCAAAAGAGUAGUUAUAACUAAAUGAGUGGGCAUAACAGUCCUGUGUAAAAUGAAAAUCUGAAUUCCUUGAAGUUUAGCAAAAAACUUUGUUUGCACUGUCAAACCUAUAUAUUGUAUGUUAACUACUGUUUGUUGUAUAAGAUCCUUAAAAUAUGCACAAAAUGUCAUUAUCUCAUGUCUGAGGAAUAAUUCUUAUUGAUUGCAAAGGUUAUUUAUCUGUUUUCAUUACCUCUUGUAAAUACAUUUUAAUGUUUUAAAUGCUUAUUUAAACAUUGAGAGAUUUAUUUAUUGUAUAAAAUGAACACAUGACAAAAUUAUAUUUGAAGCGGAUCCAUUUUUUUUUAAAGGACACUCCAGGCACCAUUGCAUCUUUAUGCAUAAGCAAGACCUAUAUAAUUGCCUAUAAUUAUGGCUCAGUUGUGAUGUUUUGCAGUGUUCUGUAUCACAAAUUCCCUUUCUUAUACUCCCUUAUACUCUGGAUUUCUCCAUUAACAAAUUUGAGGAUGGCUUCCAUAAGUAGAAAACGAAUAACUUAAUUGCAAGUAAAAUAUAUCCAUGCUGCGAGCAAAAUUGUGGAGCUUUGGAAACGAUUACGUAAGAGAGAAAGAGACACGUUAAACAUGUGCAAUAGUUUAGAAUGACAUGGUCCAGACUGGCCAAGGUACAUUUUUCAGUGGACAGACCUCAAGGGAGAUAAUCUAAAUCCAAGGGAUUUCGUGCAAAAUGCAGCAUCUUCAAAUGUGUUUAUUUUGAUAUUGAUGAUAUUGGCUUGUUUAUGUUUGUAUGUUUUAAAGUAUUUUCUAUAAGAUGCAUUGAAACUAUAGGCACCCAGACCAGCCUGGAGUGUCCCUUUAAAGGACCACUAUAGGCACCCAGACCACUUCAGCUCAGUGAAGUGGUCUGGGUGCCAGGUCCCUCUAGUGUUACCCCUGCAGCUGAAAACAUAGCAGUUUCAGAGAAACUGCUAUGCUUCACUGAGGGUUAAUCCAGCCUCUAGUUGCUAUCUCACUGACGGCCGCUAGAGGCACUUCUGCGAUUCUCACUGUGAAAAUUACAGUGAGAAGACGCUGGACGUCCAUAGGAAAGCAUUGAGAAAUGCUUUCCUAUGGGCUGUUUGAAUGCGCGUGCGGCUCUUGCCGCGCGUGCGCAUUCGGCACUAACGUCGGCAGAGGGAGGAGAGUUCCCCAGCCCUGGAGAAAGGUAAGUGGCUGAAGACAUUUUAACCCCUUCAGGCCAGCGGGAGUGGGACCCUGAGGUUGGGGGGGACCUAAAGACCCUAUAGUGCCAGGAAAACGAGUCCUUUAAACUUUUAAGAUAAUUUGUCAUGAAACAAUAUAUAUAUUUUGUUAAAUCCAACCUUUGCAUGUUUUAAGAGUGGUGAGGGGGAUUCUCAGUUAUAAAAAGUAUUAUUAUACACUGACCUCCUUUUAAAGUGAAACUCUUUUAUUUUGUAAGUUUGCUUAGGUAGGGCUCUCUUCACCUACUGUUCCAGUUUGUCAAUCAAGUUUUCUUAAGUUUUAGUGUUUGUUUCGUUUACCAAAUUGUAUGUUGCUGCAGAAUAUGUUGGCACUAUAUAAAUAAUUGUAACUCCAGACUGGAAUGUACCAAUUCUCUUUUUGGUAUACUGCAAAGCUGAUGCAUUUAACCCCUUAAGGACACAGGCCAUGUGUGACAUGUCAUGAUUCCCUUUUAUUCCAGAAGUUUGGUCCUUAAGGGGUUAAACAAAUAUGCUAAAACAACCAAUCCAAAAUAAAUCCAAAGUAAAUAAUAAAAUAAGAGAAUCCUAACAUUGGAAGUUGCUGCUUUUACAAUUAAUUCUCAUGAUUUACAUUUAAAGCAUUUAGCAAUGCUUCAAAAAAGAAAAGAUCCGCCCAAUAGUAUGCAGUAAAACCUUAAAGGCAGAGCAGAGAUUUUUAGAAGUUCAUUUGUCAGUUUUUUGCUUAUUAACUCCCAAAAACCAUUUAUUGUGCUCCUUGAUCACAUGAACAAUUGUGUUAUUGGAGAAACACUGGGAGAGGUGGGACAGCAGAGGCAAUAAGUAGAUGCAACAAUUGAACAUGCAAUAAAAUACAGCUAAUUAUCAAGUACAUAAAACUGUGAUGUUGUUUGGAGUCCUUAUAAUUCCUUCUUUUUUUUUUUAGAUUUGUUUUUGUGGUGUGUGUGGUUGGUUGUUUGUUUUGCUGAUUUGACAGGCAUGGUCAUCUAUGCAUGUUUUCAUAUACUUUUGUAUAUAUUUGUAUAUGCUUUUGUAAAUAUGCUAAAUAAUCAGAGAAUUGCUUUUGAUGCAUUGCAAAGAUUGCAAAUAAAUUCUUCUAACAGACU